AUGUCGUGUCUCCAUGUCAGCGGCCUUGCAGCGCUCAUACGCGGCGUUCAUCCUUCCUGGAGCCCCGCCGCCAUCAAAUCGGCUCUCAUGACGUCUGCUUACAUCCGCGACAAUAAAAAUAAGCCCAUCAAAGAUGCCUCCACCGUGAAAGCAGCAGACCCAUUCGCAUUGGGCACAGGUCAUGUAAAUCCAGCGGCUGCUAUGGAUCCGGGGCUCACCUACGAUCUGGCACCUAGUGAUUACAUUCACUUUCUCUGUACUCUCAAAAUCUCGUGCCCCAGAUCAAGCAAUUUGGAAGACGUAGCUGAUCUUAAUUAUCCAUCUUUCACUCGUUACUUCAAUUCCACCAGAAUACCCAAAGUUGUUGUGAGAAGGAGAACAGUAACAAACGUGGGUGUCACUCGUUCUACCUAUAAAGUGUAG